CGCAUUUAUUAUCUUUCCUUGGAGUUUUACAUGGGACGGACACUGCAAAACACCAUGGUGAACCUGGGCUUGCAAAACGCCUGCGACGAAGCCAUUUACCAGCUGGGCUUGGAUAUGGAGGAGCUGCAGGAGAUUGAAGAGGACGCCGGCUUGGGCAACGGAGGAUUGGGGCGGCUGGCAGCUUGCUUCCUGGACUCCAUGGCGACUCUCGGCUUGGCUGCUUACGGCUAUGGGAUCCGCUACGAAUUCGGCAUUUUCAACCAGAAGAUCUUGGGAGGCUGGCAGGUGGAGGAGGCCGACGACUGGCUGCGUUACGGGAAUCCCUGGGAGAAGGCCCGCCCGGAGUAUAUGAUCCCUGUCCACUUCUACGGACGCGUGCAACACGGAGAUGGAGAAACGAAGUGGGUUGACACACAGGUGGUGGGCAUGGGUUGGUGGUCAUGUGA